AUGGCUCUUCAGAACUUACACGGUAUUCUUGUGGCAUUGGUCACCCCGUUUACCGAUGGUGGAGAAGCCGUUCAUGAGGGAAGACUCAAAGCACACGUCAAUCGUAUGAUUGAUGCUGGUGUCCACGGACUUGUCCCACUUGGCACAACAGGGGAGUUCACUGCCAUGACGAUCGAAGAGCGAAAAAACGUCACAGAACUCUGCAUCGAGUAUGCAGCCGGCCGCGUGCCUGUUGUCGCUGGCGUGGGCGCGCUAUCAACACGGGAAUGCAUCGACCUGGCUAAGCAUGCCGCAAAUGCUGGAGCCGCGGCAUUAAUGGUCGUCCCGCCGUUUUACGAUCCUGUUAAUCACGAACAGCUACGGGAGCUGCUGAAGGAGAUUCACGAGGCAUCAAACCUGUCCAUCCUGUAUUACAACAUCCCCUCAGCUAGCGGUAUCACAUUGUCACCAAAAGAGCUAGCUGCCUUGUCCGAAGUCGGGGUUCACUACAUGAAAGAUACUUCGGGCAACGCUCCAGCAUUGACUGAACUGCUAUUUGAACUUGAUGACAAGAUCACCGCGUUCAAUGGUUGGGAUACACUCACAUUCUAUGGGCUGGCUGCAGGCGCGAAGGGUUCCGUGUGGGGGGCGACCAACAUCAUUCCGGAGCUUUCGGUGGAGCUAUGGAAUACGCUUGCUGUAAAAAAGGACUUGUUCACAGCGCAAAAGCUUUGGAGAGAUAUUUUUCCUAUUUGCAAGUUUCUCGAGUCACAUAAUUAUCCUUCAGCUGUGAAGACAGGUAUGGAGUUACGAGGAUGGGAGACAGGAGGUCUUCGGAAGCCGUUCUCUCUGCUGAGUAAAGAUUUGGCGGACGAGUUGUCGGCCUUGCUUCUUGCUGCAGACUCACUAUCGGGGAAAGCGAAGUAG